AUGUCGGACACGGCAUCGCAUGGUUUGGAGUUAAAAACGGGCACUGCUUCCGGCAGCAGUGUCGUCGACCGGGGUGGAGGAGGAAGUGGUGGUGGCCGCGGGGACGAUAGCGACUCGUACGGUGGUGAGCACGACGGCGGUGGGGCUGGUAUUUACGGUGGCAGCGGCGGUGCCAUGUCGUUGUCAUCGUCGACAUCCACACUCCGCUCGCUGACACCAAGCGUUGGGAUGAAUGGAGCGGGUGGCGGAGGUGGUAGUGGCGGCGGAGGUGGCGGCGGAGCAGCUAGGAAGGAUGACCAUGAUGCUCAGUACCACCAGCAGCGGGAUGAACUCGUCCCGUCUCCAAUGUCAUCUUCCGGUUCGGGGCGAGAGAACGCUGGCGGUGGUGGGCAAGGUACCGCUACCGAGUCGGCUUCGUCCACCCCAACGCCACGAACGCGAUACACCGUCUCCCAGCUGAUGGGGCUGCGGUAUACGAACCUAUCGAAAAUGAAACCGGCCUGCAUCGAGGAUCCUAAGUCGGAGAAGCACCUGAAGAUGAUCAGCAUGCUGGUAGUGCACCACUCCGACGCACCCUACGACGACGAUACCGGUGGUGGAGGCGGAGGAGGAGCAGGAGGCGGCGGCGGAGGAAAUGCUGGUUACGGACGGAAUCGAUCGUAUGGAGGAAUUGCUACUCUCGCAGGAAACGCUGCUAAUGGCGCUGGUGGUGGUGGUGGACCUGGCCAGCCCGGCGGAGGCGGAGUAGGGGGCAACGGUGGCGGGCUUGGCGGUGGUCGCAACGAAUUACGUCGUGCUGGCGGCGGUGGUGGUGGUGGCGGGAUGGCCGAUCCGAAGGAGCGUCUGCGGCGGGAGGACGGUAUCGUUCUGUCUCCUCAGCGACGCUCGUUCAACAUGGGCUGUUUGAUGCCGUCGCCACCGACGUCCAGUGGUCCCGGCACCCUCGGACUCUCCGGCAGCUUGUUGCGCUCCGAACCACGGGACAUGAUGGUGAGCCGCGAGCGGCGUAUCGGCAGCGGCCGCAUUCUCGCUUCCGACAUGUCUUGGGAUUACCGAAUGGACGCGAACGAGUAUCGCGGUGGCGGCCGGAACGGUGGUCCACCAGCCUCCGGGGGUGGAGGAUUUCGCGACCGGGACCAGCUGCGCGACGGCAAGGACAUGCGUGAGAUGCGCGACGUGCGCGGCGAAGGUCGUGACAUGCGUGGCGGAGACGGCCGUGGCGAGAUGGCAAAGGGUGAGGGGGGAAUGCGCGGUCGGAACAGCGACAGAGGACACCCGCACCCGGACAAAGAUUAUCGCGGUAUGGACCAUGAUGAUGUUGGCAUGGGUGGACGCGGCUACGAUCGACGCAAUCUCAGCUCGAACCGGGACUACGAUCGGCAGGAGAAGGAGAAUCGCGGCGGCGGCGGUGGUGGUAUGCGAGGCUUUCACAAGGGCGGCAACUAUAACGAUGGGGGCGGCCACGGUGGCGGCGGUGGUGGUGGUUACGGUAACAACUAUGGCUACAACAGUUACAACAAUCACUACGGCUCGAACAGCAACAAUCAUCACCACGGCGGCUCGUCGUAUGGCGAUCGGCGUCGGUACAACAGCGACAACAACCGCGAGCAGGAGGAACCCGAGUGGUUUAGCGAGCCCACGUCCCAGCACGACACGAUCGAGCUGCGCGGCUUCGACGAGCCCGUUUCCGAGCACGACGAGGACGAAGAGCCCAGCGAUUCGCCAACGAACGCCAAGGACACCGACUCGAAGCAGGCUGACCGUCAGUCGGAAGACGGCAGCGAUGCGGUAGGCGGUGGCGUUUCAGCCCGGUCGGCAUCCCGAGGCUCCGGCGAUGAGCCAAUCGGCAGCACCAAACCAGCCGCAGACGGCGAUGCCGAGGACGAGCGUGGCGAGCAGGAACAGACCAGGGCACUGGAAGAACCGAACGAGCCUGUCGGUAGCGCUAGUGACGGCAAG